CCUACGGAUGCGGAGAGGCGCAAGCUCCGAUGGUUUGUAGAAGAGGCGGAGAGAACAGUCGAUAACCUAUGGGAAAAGGAAGACUUAGUUGUAAAUCCUUUAGGGGUCCCCCAACGACGAGAAUCACUGGUUUCCUCCAUUACGCGCUGCAAAUCCGUCCUGGCACCUAUCAGAAGGCUUCCCCCAGAGAUCCUUGGCAGAGUAUUCUUCUUUGCUCUCCCCGAAGUUGACUAUGUGCCCAUGCGCAAGGACGCGGCCCCCAUGCUUCUGACCCACGUAUGCAAAUUCUGGCGGGACGUCGCCAUGUUCACGCCGGACCUAUGG